AUGGCUCAAGACAUUCACACCCUUCACUACUCACCCGAAGUGCAAGCCUUCCCUAAAGGGUUGGGAAAUGCUGUCAAAUAUGUCGGUGAGGGCAUGGCAAAUGUAGUCUUUAGCUUCCCAGAGGCUCAGGACUCGAUGCGUGACUUGCUCAUUCGAGUGCCCAAAGACGUGACAGGAGAUCAUGAGGAUAUCCACAAGCACUGGUGUGAGAACGUUUAUCCGUUGUUUGAGCCGAGGGAUCUAGUCCCUCAGUAUCUUGUCAAGAUUGAGGGACAAGAUGCCAUACUUGACAGGCUGAGAAGUGAACUCGAGGCUGCCGAAACCAAAGGACAACGCAAAUCAAAGAUGAAGGGGACUAAGAUUAAAAUUGACCUUCGUACUGCGAUGCUGAUACAUGACAUGCGCCCAAGGAACCACGAUGAAAUACUCAUAGAGUUCAAGCCCAAGUGGCUGGAGCAGUCACCCACUGCGCCCAAGGAUGCCGCCAGAUGCCGCAACUGCGCGCGAGAGGCCUUCAGGAACAACGAAAAGGGCACCAGCGACUCGAUUCUCUGCCCUCUGCGCUUUAUGGACAGAGCCAGCGAAGGGUCGAUGGCACGGGUCAAGGAGUUCAUUACCAAAGGUCUGGAAAUUCCAUCAGGCUCACCGGCGGCGAUCACGCUGGAAAAUUGGCUUCGGGAAAACACUCUGCUCCCGCAUCUCCACGAUGCCCAAGUAUCCAAUGAUAGCACUGGUGUCUUGGAACCCAAGGACCAGUUCAAGCUGGGUCUCGCCAUGACGCUACGCGAUUGUACUUGCUACGUUCGCUUCUCUCGCCAGGGUAGUAGCACUGAUGAGGUCGAGGCUCGACUGGGGGAUUUAGACCUGAAGGACCAGACGACCAAACUUGACUACUGGAGGGACAUGGAGCUAGAGCUGCAUGAUCAGGGCUACUAUUUGGGCAAGGAAAAGCCGCAGCAGAAGACAGACUGUUUACUGUCAUAG